AUGGUUGGGGGUCACCACAACAUGAGGAACUGUAUUAAAGGGUCGCGGCAUUAGGAAGGUUGAGAACCACUGGUCUAGGAUGUGAUAAGGAGGUUUCAGAGAGCCCGGGAGUCAUUCCUUUGCUCCCAAUGACUCUGUCUCAUCUCUUUCCUGCUGCCAAAGCGAGGUGUGAGCUGGAGGUGUGUGCAGUGGAGGGUGGGGGAGGGGGCAGCAUUUCGCUUGGCUUCCGUCUGCCCCUAAGGGUAACUUUUUUGAAUGCGAAGAGGUGGGGUGGCCGGGGAUCUGUCAUUAAGGGUUCCUAUGGGUGGGACGCGGAGACGGGAGUGAGGAGGGAGUGGCCCGCGGGUGGGAUCUGUGGAGCAGACAAAAUGUGGGGCCUCCUCCCUUGAAGUUCAACUUGUCUCUUCCUGAGCGAGGAGCAAGGCGUCCGUAGUUCUCUCCCAGGGGCACGGAAAGGAGAGCAAAGCGACCAAGAUAAGAGUGAACAGAGGAAAAAGCGAGACAUGUUCUCCAUGAAACAGUCCCCUGCCCUCGCUCCGGACGAGCGCUACCGCCGAGCCGGGGCCCCGAAGCGGGUCUUGGGGGCUGAGGAAGAUGCCAUGGGUGAUGGCUGCUCUCAGCAGCUGACGACUGCUAACGUUCUCCGCUUCCUACUGCUGGUCCUGGUUCCAUGUAUCUGCGCUCUCAUUGUCCUGCUGGUCAUCCUGCUUUCCUUUGUUGGAACAUUACAAAAAGCCUACUUGAAAUCAAAUGAGAGCGCACCCAUAGCUACUGAUGGUGAAGUUCAAGUGCCUGAUGUUCUUCUUACAAAUACAAUUUUCCCUGAGAGCACUGUGACAUCUUCUACACAUCCCAGCCAACACAUUCCUGCCUGGACCACGGAUGCUCCUCUCCCAGGGGACCAAGGUCACAGGAACACAAGUGCCUGCAUGAACAUCACCCACAGCCAAUGUCAGAUGCUGCCCUACCACACCACGCUAACACCUCUCUUCUCAAUUGUCAAAAACAUGGAAAUGGAGAAGUUCCUCAAAUUCUUCAUGUACCUUCACCGCCUCAGUUGCUAUCAACAUAUCAUGCUUUUUGGCUGUAGCCUUGCCUUCCCCGAGUGCAUCGGUGAUGGUGAUGACAGACAUGGACUCCUGCCCUGUCGGUCCUUCUGUGAGGCUGCAAAAGAGGGCUGCGAGUCAGUCCUGGGGAUGGUGAACGCCUCCUGGCCCAAUUUCCUCAAAUGCUCCCAGUUUAGAAACCAACUCGAAAGCAGCAACAUCAGCAGGACUUGCUUCUCACCAGAGCAGGAAAAAGGAAAGCAAUCGUUCUGUGGAGGGGGCGAGAGCUUUCUGUGCGCCAGUGGGAUCUGCAUCCCCGGGAAACUGCAGUGCAAUGGCUACAACGACUGCGACGACUGGAGCGACGAGGCUCAUUGCAAUUGCAGCGAGAAUCUGUUCCACUGUCACACGGGCAAGUGUCUUAAUUACAGCCUUGUGUGUGAUGGAUAUGAUGACUGUGGGGACCUGAGUGAUGAACAAAACUGUGACUGCAGCCCCACGAAGGAGCACCGCUGUGGAGAUGGGCGCUGCAUUGCGAAGGAGUGGGUGUGCGACGGCGACCAUGACUGCCUGGAUAAGUCUGACGAGGUCAACUGCUCCUGCGGCAGCCAGGGCCUGGUGGAGUGCCGGAGCGGCCAGUGCAUCCCCAGCACUUUCCGAUGCGAUGGGGACGAGGACUGCAAGGAUGGCAGUGAUGAGAGGAACUGCAGCUACAGUCAGACUCCAUGUCAAGAAGGCGGCCAAACAUGCCUCUACAAUUCCUGCAUUGAUUCAUGUGCUGGUAGCUCUCGUUGUGACCCCAACACCAGUCUGAAUAACUGUAGUCAAUGUGAACCAAUUACCUUGGAACUCUGCAUGAAUUUGCCCUACAACUAUACACAUUACCCAAAUUACUUUGGCCACAGGACUCAGAAGGAAGCAUCCAUCAGCUGGGAGUCCUCUCUUUUCCCUGCACUUGUUCAAACCAACUGUUACAAAUAUCUCAUGUUCUUUGCCUGCACCAUCUUGGUACCGAAAUGUGAUAUGAAUACAAGCCAACGUAUCCCCCCUUGCAGAGCUCUGUGUGAACACUCCAAAGAACGCUGCGAGUCUGUUCUUGGGAUCGUGGGCCUACAGUGGCCUGAAGACACAGAUUGCAACCAGUUUCCCCAGGAAAAUUCGGACAAUCAAACCUGCCUAAUGCCUGACGAAGACGUGGAAGAAUGCUCACCUAGUCACUUCAAGUGUGACUCAGGACGGUGUGUACUGGCCUCCAGAAGAUGCGAUGGCGAGCCCGACUGUGAUGAUGACAGCGAUGAGGAAAACUGUGGCUGUAAAGAGAGAGGUCUGUGGGAAUGUCCAUCCAACAAACAGUGUUUGAAGAGCACCGUCAUCUGUGAUGGGUUCCCGGACUGCCCCGAUAAUAUGGACGAAAUAAACUGCUCAUUUUGCCACGAGGAUGAACUGAAGUGUGCAAACCACGAGUGUGUGUCCCGUGACCGGUGGUGUGACGGUAGAGCCGACUGCUUGGACAGUUCAGACGAAUGGGACUGUGUGACCCUCUCUCAAAAGGAGAACUCAUCAUUCCUGACUGCUCACAGGUCUGCCACAGAACACCACGUGUGUGCAGACAGCUGGCAGGAGACCUUGAGUCAGCUGGCCUGCAAGCAGAUGGGUUUAGGAGAACCGUCUGUGACCGAAUUCAUACAGGAACAGGAGCAAGACCAGCAGUGGCUGACGUUACACUCCGACUGGGAGAGCUUCAAUGGGAGCACUUUGCACGAACUGCUGGUGAAAGGACAGUCUUGCCACAGCAGAAGUAAGAUUUCUCUUCUGUGCGCUAAACAAGACUGUGGGCGCCGCCCUGCUGCCCGAAUGAACAAGAGGAUCCUCGGGGGCCGGACGAGUCGCCCUGGAAGGUGGCCUUGGCAGUGCUCCCUGCAGAGUGAGCCCAGUGGGCACAUCUGUGGCUGCGUCCUCAUUGCCAAGAAGUGGGUCCUGACAGUCGCCCACUGCUUCGAGGGGAGAGAGAACGCCGCCGUGUGGACGGUGGUGUUUGGCAUCAACAAUCUCGACCACCCGUCGGCCUUCGUGCAGACGCGCGGGGUGAGGACCAUCAUCCUGCACCCGCGCUACAGCCGCGCGGUGGUGGACUACGACAUCAGCAUCGUGGAGCUCAGCGCGGAGGUCCAGGAGACCAGCUACGUGCGGCCCGUCUGCCUGCCCAGCGCGGAGCAGGCCUUGGAGCCGGACACGUACUGCUACAUCACAGGCUGGGGCCACAUGGGCAGCAAAAUGCCCUUCAAGCUGCAGGAGGGAGAAGUCCGGGUGAUUUCUCUGGAGCAGUGUCAGUCCUACUUCGACAUGAAGACCAUCACCACCCGGAUGAUAUGUGCCGGCUAUGAGUCCGGCACAGUGGACUCAUGCAUGGGGGACAGCGGCGGGCCGCUUGUUUGUGAGCAGCCUGGAGGACAGUGGACGUUGUUUGGCCUAACUUCAUGGGGCUCCGUCUGCUUUUCCAAAGUCCUGGGGCCUGGAGUUUACAGCAAUGUGUCCUACUUCACCAAGUGGAUUGAGAGACAAAUAUACAUUCACACCUUCCUCCUAAACUGAUUCCAAAGAUGACCAGAGACGUGGCCAGCGACACUCAGAGAGAACGGGGUCUUGGCUAUGGAGCACUUUCUGCAAACAGCUGUACAGAAAAGCACUCCCUGGGCACAGGGACAGGGGUGCUGGGCAGUGCACUGCACGCCUCCGUGCUUGUUUCAGGCUAAUGUUAUUCAGCUUUAUUUUUCAGCUUUAUUUUUCUUACUUCAAGUUCGAUGAAAGUCUUUUUUUUUUUUUUUUUUUUUUUUUUUUU